AUGUCUGAAAACAAUAACAUUCGACCAUACCUAAUGCCUGCCCUCCGAGAGACCCCCUCAUCACAACUUGCUGUGCAGCGUCGACCACUCCCUUCGUCGGCCCCCAAGCGCCUUGCAGCUCAGACGAAAGAGGAUGCAAACCGGGAGAGCCCUAGCACCCCACCGAGGCGUGCUCCCCGCCGAAAUGCGCGAGGCAAGAAAGUAGCUGGAAGGCCCAAGAACCAGCGUGAUGAGGAGGAGAAGAAGAACUCACCGCCGAGCCCUUCAACUCCUUCGCUGGCCUUUACGAAAGAAUAUGCAGUGGCUACCCAUUGCACGGUAAUCCCGGGGCAUGGUCACGUAUAUUAUGCGGAAGAUCAUAAGCCGCUUUUUGUGCCGACCGCGGUCAUGCAUGUUCACCAUACUCCGGAUAUACAUACCUGCCCCUGUCAUCAGGCACCGGCAACGGGCCUAGUUCCGAUACCAGGCAUGCAAAUGCCCUCUAUUGGGGCCCUGGGACGCGGAUACGGUGGAGAACAAGGGUGGAACGAGAACACCUGGGGCUAUGUCCCAGGGUUCGAGCUGGGAGACACCUCCCAGAUGCAUGGAGGCUUUAACCUUAACCAUACUGGUUGA